GCUCAGGAGGGAGAUUAAGCUCUUGGCCUUAAAAAGGUUCCCCACCCCAAUAUGAAAGCUGCCACCUUCAAAACUUGAUUAUACACCAAAUAGGUUUCACUGGGCCAAAACGAUGAUAUAUCGCAAGUGCCGCAGCUUAUCAUGUCCUCCGAGCUGAGUCUUUUGUGCGCGACGAAAGCUGCAUUUAAGCCCUUAUUCAGACUCGGACAGAGUACGGGAAGGACGGCGCAACUUUCUGAUGGUAGUACCCGAUCAAACCUCUUGGGGGCGUCCUCUGCUUACCGGCACACUAGACUGCAACGUACAGUAUUACCUUUGGACCCGAGAGGGAGUCUCUCGGGUGGCUCCUCCCCUCGUUUCUCAGAGAGCGCCGUCCUCCUUUCCUAAGGGCAGGGAGAAGGAAACUGUGGUAAAGUUCCAGGAAGAAGCCGUAGCGGCCGCAGAAAACGAAACUUCCUUGUUCGGGGAGCUUGCGACAAGGGACAGAGUGCCAAAGGCCAGCACCGAGUGCGGUGAGCCUUGCCUGAGACAUCAUGUCACAUCCCACAGCUCCUCCUGGCUACGACGAUCGGAACCCCCUCUAUCCUCCACCCCCAGGGGGAUAUCCUAGAGGUUAUCCACAACCUCCACCAUACGGUGGUGGGUUUCCACAGCCUGGAGGCUACUCGCAACCAGGGGGUUAUGGGCAGCCAGUUCCUCCUAUGCCUACAGUCCCAAUGGGCUUUGGCGAUACCUAUGGCGGAGGGGAUGGGGCUAUCCAUGUAGCAGACUGGGAUGAUAAGAAAGUCAGACACAUUUUCAUCCGCAAGGUCUACAGCAUCAUCUCAGUGCAGCUGCUCCUGACUGUGGGUAUUAUUGCAGUCUUUAGCUUUGUUGAACCUGUAUCCAGUUUUGUGCGGAGAAAUGUUGCUGUAUAUUAUGUAUCUUACGCUGUAUUCUUUGUCACUUACCUGGUGCUGGUAUGCUGUGAGGGCCCACGGAGACGCUUCCCAUGGAAUCUCAUCCUUCUGACAGUCUUUACGCUGGCCAUGGGAUUCAUGACAGGCACCAUUGCUAGCAUGUACAAUACAAAGGCUGUUUUGCUUGCCAUGUUAAUCACAGCUAUCGUGGCCAUAAUUGUCACCAUCUUCUGCUUCCAGACAAAGGUGGAUUUCACAUCCUGUGCUGGCUUGUUCUGUGUGUUGGGCAUUGUUGUCAUGGUGACUGGAAUUAUCACAGCCAUAGUUCUGGCCUUCAAGUAUAUCUAUUGGCUCCACAUGCUGUAUGCUGCCAUUGGCGCAAUUGCCUUCACCCUGUUUCUUGCCUAUGAUACCCAGUUGGUGCUGGGGAACAGAAAACACACGAUCAGCCCUGAGGAAUAUGUCUACGGAGCCCUCAAGAUCUACACAGACAUCGUCUACAUCUUCACCUUCCUCUUGCAGAUUGUGGGCAGCAGAGAUUAGGAAGCUGAGAUCCUACAUCUGUGCAAGGACUUCUGGCAACUCUCCCCAAAAGUUCAGGAGAACCCUACUUUGACUUUUUGAAUAUAAUGUCAUCUUGUGUUGCUCUCUCCUCUAGAAUGUAUAGAAGCUACUAGGGGAUUCACAUAGUGGACAGUGAUAAAGAUAAGAGAUGAAACAUUGUAUACACUGUAGAUAUUGACUCUAAUUUGUAAAAUGUCUUUUAUUCCUCUAUUUCCACAUGUGGAGCCCCUUUUGUGUAUCUAGUGCUCUGGAUACGUGAAUGUGUAUCACAACAUUAGUGUGUUGUAUCCUAGUCCUUUCAGCUUAUCUCUUAUUUGUAUUUUUUGUCAGCAUACUUAUCUAAAAUUUAGAGGACUCUUCCAAUUAGAAAAUUUAGAGUCUCAGGGCUCCACUAUAUAAGUGCAAAUAAAAUAUAUAUUUUUGAAUAAAA